AUGGUACAGUCAACGAAGAAGUAUAGAGGUGUGCGGCAGCGGAAUUGGGGCUCUUGGGUCUCCGAAAUCCGUCAUCCAUUACUGAAGAGAAGGGUGUGGCUAGGUACAUUUGACAGUGCUGAAGAGGCGGCACGAGCAUAUGAUGCAGCUGCCAUUUUGAUGAGUGGCCGAAAUGCCAAAACAAAUUUCCCAGUAACUACUACUCAAACUAGUACUGAUGAUACGAAAACUAGUACUUGUAGCGAAGAUUCUUCGUCAAGAGCAGAUGGUUUAUCAGAAAUCUUACGCGCAAAGCUGAUGAAAUGUAGCAAUGUACUGUCUCCAUCCAUGACGUGCUUGAGGCUGGACAACGAGAGCUCCCACAUCGGAAUCUGGCAGAAGCGUGCAGGUCAAAGAUCGGAUCAUUCAAAUUGGGUCAUGACUGUCCAACUUGGAAAGACGAAUAUCAAACCUGAUGAUGGUACCGACAACCAGCAGAGUAUUUCAUCACCUCCUUCAGAGUCUCCAGCAUCAUCACCAUUGGAGAGGCCUAAGCUAAUAGCAGAUGCUUAUGAAAUGAAUGAAGAGGAGAAAUUAUCAUUGCAGAUGAUAGAGGAGCUGCUUCGUUAA